AUGUUUCCAAAACCGAAAAGUGCUCCUCCUCGAAUGAACAGUAAAAGGAUUAGUAACAGGACAAAUGCUAUGAAGGAAAUAGAAGCUUGGGUGAAGAAAGAUGACGAUCCAUUAACUGGAAGCCAUGAAACAUCUCGAAUGGCAGGUCAACUAACAGAUAAUAUUACAGAGGAAAGGAUGCUCAAAGCUAAAUUGUGGGAACUUUCUAAAGAACGUUAUAAAUUCAUUGCUCAAAAUUCUUAUGAACAGAAAAUCUUUUUGGACAGGAUGAUGAAGAAAUCUUCAGCCAUUCGUAGGAUACUGUCAGCCAAUGAUGAUAAACCUUGUGUCACUUACUCCAGAAUUAAAUCUUCUAGUAUUCGACAUGCUUUAUUAGAAAGACUUGAUCCUACUAAUAGAGAAGAGAAGUGGUUAGGGAUGUCUUCGAGUCAUUCUGGGGGACAAUUUGUUACAUCUUUACCACCACCACCAUCAUCAUCAUCAUCAACUCCAGCAUCUUUACCCCCAGAUCCCAGAUCUGAAACGGAUACACGUAUACCACGAUCUUGUAUAGAUACGACUGAUAAUCUACCAUCUGUCACUGUAAGAAAAGACACCCCAACUAUACCACAUCACAAAGAUCUAUUAGUUCGACGGAAACACAGAAAGUCACAUUUUCCAAAAUUUCAGGAAGAUCCUCGAUAUUCAGAAUUACAGCAAAGACUGAGCCCUAUAGUUAAAAAACAAGCAAACAUUGAUAUUUAUUCUGUUGUAACUAAAAUUGAGUCUCUUCAUGUGAAACCAAAAUUACCAUCCGAAAGUAGAUCUAAAGUUGAUAAGAAAGCUGUGGCUUAUAUGAGAAAACGAGGUUUUGUCUUCCCAUAA